AUGAAGCAAAAUUCCGAUGAAAUAGAAAUUUUUAAACAUUUAUUUGUAAAACUGAAUAAAAUCUUAGAUGGAAAUGAGUUGGUGCUAAAAGAUUUAAGGGGUAUAGAAAGAAGAAUUCAACAAUUGGAAAAUAAGUUUAAUAAAAUUCCUGCUACAUCAACAAUCUCUGAGUUCAAUGAGAAAGAAAAUCUUAUAACAUGCAAUAGCCUAACAACAACCUCCAAUUCAGAAAGCCCUGAUAAUUAUUGUUUCGGUGACAAUUGGCAGAUCAUUCAAAGACGUACAGAUGGUGCGGAAAAUUUCAAUCGUGAUUGGAAUGAUUACAAACAUGGUUUUGGCAAUAAAUCAAAUGAAUUCUUUGCCGGUCUAGAAACAUUACAUCGCCUAACAACCGAUAAACUCCAUGAAUUGUUGGUGGUACUGCAAGAUUAUGACAAUUCUAAGCGUUAUGCGCGAUAUGAUCAAUUUGAAAUUGGCAGUGAAAAUGAGCAGUAUGUUUUAAAAUCGUUGGGUGUAUACAUUGGGAAUGCGGGUGAUUCUCUAACUUAUCACAAUGGUUCAAAAUUCUCUACCAAGGAUCGUGACAAUGAUCAACAUCAAGAUUUUAACUGUGCCGAAAAGUUUCAAAGUGGUUGGUGGUUUAGGGCGUGCCAUGAAAGUAAUCUGAAUGGCUGCUAUAGUGAUGCUAAUUUGAGGAAUCCUAAAAGUGCGGUGGCUUGUGGCAUUCACUGGAAAACGUUUCGUGGCCAGUGGUAUUCUUUGAAAUUUGUGGAGAUUAUGAUAAGGCCCAAAGUGGAAUUAUAAAAAAAUAUUUAAUACUUAGCCCAGCAUUGAUGUGUAAAGAAUUAAUUCUUAAUAAAAUUGUAUAUCUCUUGAUGAA